GGGACACAAAUAACAGUCGGCUCGUCCUCUGACGGAAGUUUAUUUACUUUGAAAAAAAAAACAGGCUCAAAAAGAAACCAAGUAACUGUGAGCACAGCGGCUAAAUGAGGAGUUUAUUUUUCAGUGUGCAGUAAUUUAAAGCUGAAAUGUCUCACGUGAAAGAGUACAUCGACAAACUGACCCGUGUUUAUGAGCGUUACAUCGAUUAUGUGAGGAGAAACCCAGCUGCUACUGCACAGCUGGAAAGUACCGUGCGGACACUGUCAUACCUGAUUGCAGGACGAUUUGCAGAUUCCCAUGAAAUAUCUGAACUAGUUUAUUCUGCGUCCAAUCUCCUGGUUCUGUUCAAUGACAGCAUUCUGCGCAAAGGGCUGAGAUGUGCCCUUCCUGUGUCUCUCUCUCAGCAGAGACUCCUGACAUGGCUCUCUGUGUUGGAGCACGUGGAGGUUUUCCUGGAAAUGGGAGCCUGUAAACUGUGGGGUGAAGUCGGCCGCUGGCUGGUGAUCGGACUCAUUCAGAUUUUUAAGACAAUUUUUCGCCUUGUGCUUCUUCUGUGGUACAAAUCCGGCAUCCAGACUUCACCUCCCAUUAUCCCCCUUGACAGAAGUGCAGAACUUGGCGGUGAAGAUGAUGGUGAUGGGGAGCAGCAAGAUGACACCUGCUUUGUGGGCCAGAGGUCAGGACGAGUCAUUAGGCCACUGGGCAGUGGUCCCUCGCUCCAGGCUCGGCUGUGGGGAGCACCGAAUCAGCAGAAGAAGAAGAGGAGCAGCUUGAAGGAGAAGCUCCACAGCAAACCAACACCUCUCGGGCUCCAGGAAACCAUCGCUGAGUCUGUGUACAUUGGACGGCCUCUGGUACACUUGCUCUGCCUCGGACUCUGUGGGAAACAGUCCUGGAAGCCAUGGCUCGUCUCUGGAGUCCUGGAACUGUCAAGCUUCGCUGUGCUCAAUGAUACCAAAUUUCAAAAUCGAUGGGAGAGGGCUGAGAUGAGGAGGAGAACCUUUCUCCUGCUCUACUACCUUCUGCGUUCACCCUUCUAUGACAAGUACUCUGAGGAAAAGAUUCUCUUCCUGCUCAGACUCCUGGCGGAUCAUGUUCCAGGAAUAGGGCUUAUUGCUCGCCCUCUUAUGGAUUACCUUCCCACCUGGCAGAGGAUCUACUUCUACAACUGGGGAUAAAACCAGCUGGACGUGUUUGAUGACGUCUUUGAUUUUUGCAGGCCCGCAGGGGGAACGGCGAGAGAGGAACUGUCAGGCUGCUAAGGCCCAGCCACAGAGACACUCGCCAUGAUCCCCCAGUAAUCAGAUGUGGAGGUGCUAAACACCUCAGGACUGACAUCAAGCACCUUCUCAGUAACAUUUCCUGAUUCAGAAGAUGAUUCAAGAGAUAAACAUGAUUAUCAGUUAUUUUCAAAGAUCAGAUUAUAUUUUGCCUCAAGCUUUUUAUUUUGUUUCUGACACUACAAAGAACUGUUUGACUCUCACGUUUAAGAAAAUGUUUGUCUUCAUUCUUUGAGCUGUCCUUGUUUCAUGCCAAUAUCUGUACAGAAUUUCUUUCUUUUUUUUUUUGGUGAACAAUAUUGUCUUAUUUUGUCGAUUCAUUCCAUUCUUGCCAAAAGCCCUUGCAGCAGUUUAACUGUCAAACUGUGCAGCAUUGGUUUUUGAGAAUUAGAUUUCAGUGUCAGCAGGUCGCUGCAGGGGAUAAAUACUUUAAAACCAAGCAGCAGCAACUGAAUAGCACAUAAAGAUCCUCAGCGCCACAUCUUCACCAGCAAGCAUUACAUUGCAGUUUAAUGUUGGAGAGUUUUCAUGCAGAAAGAAGAUGCAUACACAAAUAACAGAGCUGCUGAACACCACAGGACAGAUUGAAGUUAAACAUAGUAAAACAGCAAAAACAGGUUUAAAUCUGCGUGUGUGUGUGUGUGUGUGGGUGUCAGAGUCAAUGAGCUGAACACAGCAGAGGUUUUUGAUCUUUAUUAAUAUACUGAAUAAGUUUCUUUUUGUAGCCUACAAAUAAAUAGUUGAAUGUUUCAUCCA